AUGCUUUCGCUCGACGAACGCGCCAACGACGGCUUCUGGACACCUGGAAUGGGAGAAGCAGGCUUCUCCGCAACAGCCUCCGCCGAAUCCGCCCAGGUCACCCCAGUCGUCAUCAAUCCCAAAGCCGUAUCCGCUGAACUUCGGCCAACCGUCAUCUUCACGACUAUUGUCAAGAUUGUUGCGCCGGCGACCGUCACCCAGCUUGUCGAGCCAGCACAAGCGACGCAGGCCAUCGAUGCCGCAACGAACGUAUUCGACGGGACCGUCGCUACGCCCAACAAGGCCGUCCAAGGGACAGUCGCACCGAUCAAUCCGAAGGCAACGAUCGCCUUAAUAUCUUCGCUCGCGCCGCCUCGCGUCUUCGGCGGAGCAAGCUCGAGCGGCUUGAUCCGGAUUCUCGGCGCGACGGCGGCACCUUCGGCGCUGGAUCAGAACGAAGCGCUCACAACGCUGCAGCCUACGAAUCCGAUCAGCAAACCUAUCGUCCCGACAUCCUCCUCAGAACGCAUCUUCCAGCCGUUCACGCAAAGCCAGAUUCGAGUUGCUGCCGCCGCGACCGCCUCUUCGUUUCAGCCUGAGCAGCAAAGCUACGCCCCUGCACCCGUCGCGCCGCCAAUAACUGCGACCACCGGGAGCGAGAAGAUCUUUGCCGGCACAUCGGCUACCAGCCACGUUGCUGCUGCAAUCCUUCCGACCAUCUCCACGUCUGCGACACGCCUCGCGAGCUCGGCCACAGCGCCACCUGCCGACGCGAACGGCUAUAACCCUUCAGCCGCCUCGGAUGGUGCGGGGCAGAAGAGCGACUCGGCGAUGGCUUCACUUGGUACGACAGCCGCCCCUAGUAGCGUAAGGACCGCAUCAAGCGCUACGCACGUCACUAGCGGCGCGCUCGCCGAAGCUACCGCGAGCGGGCAGUCGACUUCCUCACCUCGCAGCGACGCCUACAACUCAGCCUCCCUCUCGCUACUAUCGGCUCUCCCUCCGCCGGCCUCAAACUCUGCAAAACCCUCGACCUCCUUCCCAUCCUCCAGUUCGCGCGGCUUCACCGCUUCGCCCGGCGGAGUCGCCGCCGUCGCCCUCGGCAGUGUCGUUGGUUUCGCCGUUCUCGCCGCCUUCGCUACCUACGUACUCUGCUUUUGCCGUCGUCGACGUCGGCAAGCGAGGCGAGGACUCGUCGAGCUCGGCAGCGACGCAGGCUCACCUGGAGAAGAAGGGCAAGAAUGGCCGUCUCGUCCGCUGAGCAGGGCAAGUCGAGACGGCGUCCGCGAGAUGCGCGAGCUCUGGCGCCAGAGCAUCGGCAGCGAAGCCUCCACUGGUCUCGCAGGACCGGUGCCACCUACCGAGUCGGCUGUCUCGCCAACUCUGGACGAGCGACCGGUUUCGUCGAGCGACUGGACCAGCUUUGCGGGUGGCCAUCCCUGGACGGACGCGGGCGACUCAGCGGUAUUCAGCGAUGCAGAGCGCCGCGACAGCGAGUCGACCAUCGGAACAGCCAUCCUCAACUGGAACAGUCGGUUUGCAGCUGGUUUUCCGACCUCAGCCCUCGCCUAUCCUUCGACCGCUGCCAGCAUUUCUCGUGCACCUCAUCCCCUGCGCACGACGGUAAGGGCCUCGACGAGCUCGCCUUCACAGUACUCCGGCACAACGACUCCAGCGCUCGUCACUUCGCCUCGCUCGACUUUCCAACCGCUCUCGCCUCGUGCGCCUGCGACAACUCAUUUCUCCGGCAGUGCAGGCGCUCCCGUCGUCCCUCGCACCUCCGCCUCGACUGGGUCGGCAUCGCAACCUCGCACGAAGCCGUCUUGGAUGGACUCGCUCGAUCGCGUCAUGGGAUCCGCCGCCGACCUGAUGGCCGCCACGCUCAUCUCGACGGCGACGUCGGCAGGCUCGAGGCGCGGAUCGACAGCUGCGAGGUCGCUCCGCGGUCUGCGGCGGGCUUUCGGAGGCGCCAAGGAGGACGACGAGGAGAAGGGCGAGAAGAGGGCGCUGCAUUCCGAUGAGAAGGAGUUCGGCGAGAAGCAGGACUACUUUACCGCGUAUCCUGGCCCCCUCGCACCAGUCUCGCCUCGCGUUCGGUACGAAGAAGUGGACCGCGCCGUCUCGCCAACAAGGCCUCUGAUGGCAUACUCGGCCGCGAGAGGAGCGAUGGGUCUACUCGCACCGCCCAGGCCGAGUCACUAUCGUGCUUCGUCAAGCUCGUCGUUCUACGGCCCAACGCCUCCUACACCUCGCCUCCAGCCUCGAACCAGCCCUCGCCUAGUCCCGCUGCCGAACUCGCCGGAGGAGUCUACAUCCCCCUUUGACGACUAUUACGCAACGGAGUCGCCCACUUCGGCUACCGCAGCCUUCGCGGCUCUUGUUGAAGCGCAAGGACGAGCGGCUCGCAAGCUACGAGAAGGAGGACAGGCGUCGACUCUCCUGCACAUCCCGCCUUCUCCAGCCAUCCCACCUCGCACGCCAACCCCAACGCUCGGAGUGAACCGUCCUCUCUUGACGCAGCUCAACCCGAGUCCUCGGCCCUUCACGAGGUUGCAGCAGGUCGAUGGUGUGGAAGACCCUUUCGCGGAUCCUUCGCCUCUCGACACGCCUUCUCCCGUCGUCUGGGUCGAUCAGACGUCCCAGGCGCCAGCCGCCUCUGUCACGAUCCGCCAAACCGAGACUGUCGAGACUCGCCCUUCCUCCACCGACGCCACGAUUGACGACGAACCCACUCUCAGCUCUGUCCGCCGCCAUUCCGCCUUCGCACAACUCUACCUCCAACGCCGCCUCGAAGGCCGUCAAGCCCGCCGCGCCUCAACUCCGACCUUGCGCGAACGGUUCGAGCGUGACGCGAGGAAGAGGCCGUCGUCGAUGGCUUCCUCGUUUGUGAUUGACGCGCGUUUGGCGAGUCUGGCGUGUGAGCGGCUUGGUGAGGCUGGCGAGGGCGCGGAGGAGGCGGAAGACGAGGAGGACGACAUCUCGAGUCUCGACUUCUCGUCGUCGGCAACGGAGUCGUCGUGCGAGGCAGGCAGGGCGGGGACACCUUUCGGGACGGACGAAGAACGGAUGGGGAGGCGGCUGAGGGAGGCGAUCGAGCGCGAGAAGGCGGCUUUGUUGAUGCUCGAGCGGAGGAGACGGUCGCUGGCCGACAGUCUUACGAGCAGGCGAGGCUCGUUGGCGGGAUCUGUUGCUGGGUCUGUAGCAUAG